AUGCGCUCCAGACUCCAGAAGCACAGCAGGCGGAUCGUGGCGGUGCUGUUAGCCGCGGUGGUGGCCGAGUUACUGUACGUGGUGGGUUCCAUCGCGAUAGUCGGGUCUGAAAAGUCGAUUCUGCCCAGCAUCGGGUCGUGGUUUGCGGCAUACAGCCCGCUCGCAGCGCUGACGUUCCAUGCGGAUCCUAACCGCAUGCUUCCCGGGCUUGUGUCCGGAAGCCGUGUGCGCCUGUCCGACGAGCUUCUGAGGCGCGCGCUGCAGAACAGCAAGCACGGCUCCACGGGCUCGCUGCAGCAGGUCACCCCGGGCGAUCUCGCAGAGUUCUACCGCAGCUGGAAGUUCGACACUUCGGUACGCUAUCUGGUCCCCUGUGUUGGGACGCAGACCUUCUUCGGCCGGCUCCAAAGGUCGAUCGACUCGCUCCAGGACCUGUUCCCAAAGAAGAACGCCAGUGCGACUGAGACGCAAGAGUCCUUGAUCAACACCGAGUAUCCAUUGCGCACGUACAACUACGACCCCAGAGUCGCCACCUCGGUUUACUUUGACGAAAUUCUACAUCGGGUCCACGAACAAGGUGAAGUGCCUUUUCUAACACACGAGACCACCGGCAACACGUAUCCCUCGUUGGAAAACAUCGGCAUCCCUUUCAACUGGUACGACUGGACGGACUCUCAGAUCAUAAGCGGUUUCAUAGAUCUACCGCAGUCGGAGAAGCCCCAGUGUAAGGACGUGGUUCGCAAGUACUUCGACGCCGAGAAAGUGAUUAAGUAUGAACGCAAAUUCGGAUACAAGCUAUUCGAGGAAGACAGAGUCAAAGGUUUGGUCGCCUCCAAAUUUCACAGCAGCGCGAACCUAAAGGGAAAUAUCCCCAAGGUUCCUCCUCAGGACUAUUGUGACGAAGAUACUCGCAACGUUCUGUUGCCAGGGUUCAGGUCGCGGGCCCCUUUGAACUUCUCUAGACCCGAGUUAUAUGCUUUACAAGCGCGUGUAGCUCUAUUUGCCUAUACUAAAUCGCCAAACUCCAUCACUUUUCUGAACCGAAAUGGGUCUGCCAUUCAGCUUCCGGUUCAAAAUCACGAACCGGUUAAUAAAGAAGGCUUGCCCCAACACGUUAUUUUUAAUGGUCUACUGGAAAACUAUCUGCAGCGCAAUGUUGAAUCAUAUCCUCAAAUUCCAGACUCUGAGAUCGAGUUUGAUAAUGUUCAAAAGUUUCAUGAGCUGAAGGAGGCCAUUUUCAGUCGGGAGCUCGACCAGACUGCAUCAUCGACCACGUCUUCUGAGGUACCACAGAAAAGCGCCGAUUUUAAAGCGAGCCCGGACAUGCCAUAUUUCAUUGAAAUGUCAGAGCAAGAUUUCGAAUUUGAUGCAAAGGCUAAGAUCAAGGAGCUGGAACAGCUCAAGACUAGAUCCCGCCAUCAACAAUUGUACUUGGAAUCUUUGCAAAACUCCAUAAACACACCUCAUAUGAAGUUGGGGAAAUACUUUCACGAAGCUGCCCACGUUGCUGAUUACAUUCAUUUGGGUCAUCAUUUCGAUGCCAGAUUUUUCAGGGGUAUACUCGAAAGAUCUGAGAUGCGCACGCGUUUGGAUGCCAUUGUUCGUGCGUAUCUGAACUUUGUUCACUCUAAUGGACUCAGUUCAUGGUUAUCACAUGGCACUUUGUAUGGAUGGUUAUACAAUGGCAUGGCAUUCCCUUGGGACGGAGAUCACGACAUGCAAAUGCCAAUUGUUCAUCUCAACAUUCUGGCUGAGAGAUUCAACCAAACUUUGAUUGUGGAAGAUCCAGAAGUCGGCAACGGUCGGUUUUUCCUUGACGUGACAGAUUCCAUCACUAGUCGUAUACACGGUAAUGGGAACAACAACAUUGAUGCUAGAUUCAUUGACGUUGAUUCUGGUCUUUAUGUCGAUAUUACUGGGCUGUCCGUGUCGUCCGCUGAACACCACGAGAGAUACAAACCAUUAGUAGAGGAAUUGGCAAAGUCUGAUAAGGACAAAGAAAACGUGCCAUUUUUCAAAGACCCCAAUAUUGUCGACGGAGUGACUGGCCCUGCUGCAGGAAAAGAGAAGAGCGAUGCCGACAAGGUGGGAGAGGAUCGGUACAACACAAACAAGCGCAUAAAGGUUUACAACUGUAGGAACCAUCACUUCAACCACCUUUCGGAACUUUCACCUCUGAGACUCACUUUCUUCCACGGUGCAAAGGCCUAUGUUCCUCAUCAAAGUGUUGAGUUGUUGAAGCAUGAAUAUCAUGUUCCUGAGGAGUACUCGUAUAUCGAAUAUUCCGGAAAAGUUUUUGUCCCUGAACUCCGUGUAUGGAUGGAUACCUCUACCCUUAACACCAUGGCCAAAGGUGCUGGAUCGCCCGUUCAUGUUGACACUGAUCACCUCAAAAACCCCACUUUCUCUGAAACCUCGUCACUUUUCCAAAACGCUGCCAUCUUGGCUGACUCAGCUGUUGAGACUAUGUUCACUUUUCUCUGGAACACAUUCCAAGUCUCCAUUUUCCGUCAGAAAGAAUUGGAAUUGAUGUAUGACGAGGGACAACCUAUGGAAGACAGAAAUGCCGCUUUGAAGGAGCUUGUCCGUAACAGGGCAUUCAAUGGUGGCUACAAAGAUCCGUUUCAAAAUCGGUUAGAGACGGUUGUAUGGUACAACCUUCUAGAUAGGAGUUCAGUGUCUUUCUACACAUUAGACAAAGCAUUGAAGACAAUGAAUUUGGAGAACGCUGAUCGUCUGCUGGACCUCAAUGUUCACAAAAUCCGUAAGGAAUUUUCAUGGGCGACUGAGGCUGGUUUUCAGUUUCCACCUAGUAAAAUCGACUUCAACCAUCGAGGCACCAGGUUUUUCACGAUGGGCGAAGACAUUAAAAAUAAAAUCUUCGCAUCAGAUCCUAAGGACCCAAAGGCUAAUAAUGCCAAUUAA